AUGCCGACGUCGGGGCGAGUGGAGAGGCGCGAUUCAUCGAGAGAGAUUCGAUUGAUCGUCACCGACGUGGAUGGGACGCUGUUAAACUCGAGGCAGGAGUUGAGCGCGCGCGCGGCGGCGGCGCUGAGAGACGCGGCGGAGCUCGGGGUGCCGACGGUGGUGGCGACGGGGAAGACGCGCGGGCCCUGGGCUAGGGCGCUGUACGAAGAGCUCGGUGAAGAGAAUAGAAAGAUGCCGGGUUUGUUCAUUCAAGGUCUCGUCGUGUGCGACGGUCGUGGAAUGGUGCUGAAGAGUAGGACGCUAGAAAAGGCGGGCGUCAAAGAUAUUUUGCGCUUUGCCAAGACCCGAGACAGCGUCGUCGUCGCGUUCUGCGGCGAACAGAUCGUGUGCUCCACGAGGAAUAAGUACACGGACAAGGUUUUGGAUUACGGUGAACCCGAACCGUUGGAGUGUGGUGAUUUAUUGGCGAAGAGCGAUGAGUUUGAAGUGAACAAACUGCUCCUCUUCGGCGAAGACGACGCUGUGGCGCGCUUUCGCGCGGAGGCGGAGACAAUCCUCGCGGAUGUGUGCGACAUCACAGUCGCAGUUCCCGGUAUGUUGGAGUUUCUCCCUAAAGGUGCGAGCAAGGGCUCGGCCGUUCGCGACUUGUGCGAGGUGAUGGAUAUCGACUUGGCGGAUGUCCUCGCGCUCGGCGACGGUGAGAACGACAAAGAAAUGCUCAUGUACGCGGGCCUGGGAAUCGCCGUUGGUAACGCGAGUUCUGUAACAAAAUCAAUGGCUGACGUCGUCAUGGAAGAGACGAACGACGAAGACGCCGUGGCGAAGGCUGUGGAAGUGUUUGUGCUCGAGCCGAGGCGAUUGCCGGAUGGCGAGAGUCAAGCGCCUCCCCGUGAGGACGUUAUGAUUGACGCUGGAGCUAGCGGUGAUUGGUUGAGCUCCAGAGCGGAGGCGCUCGACGAAGCUCGAGUCCGCGCCGAAAAAGAGGCGAGAUCUAGGGCUAGACAGAAGGUGAAGUCAGAGAAAGAAAAAGUUGAAUAUAAAAAAUUUCUCGAGCGACAGUCCACUGUCGAAGAGAGGCAAGCGGCGGAGGCCGAGCUCGAGGACGAACUCAUGUCCAAAAUCGUCGCCGAAGAGAAAUUUGUUGGAUUUAUUCGAGCUUUCACUCGAGGCGCGCAGCGCUUCGGUGAGUCUAUCACGCAAGAUUCCAGGGAGGGAGAUGAAGAACAGAUCUCUGAUGACGACCGAACUAAUCUCGCUGAUGUCGAAUCUAUGAAACGGCAACGCGAACGCUUGAUGAAACUGCAAAUUGAAUUUGAAGCUACAAAAGCGGCGCUCGAAGCACAGAAGCGGGCGUCGGGGAACAGUGUACCGAGCGCGAAACCGACACAAUUUGAGGAGGAUCAAGCAGCUCGUGACUUCAUCCGUUCGGAAACUAAUAAGAUCACCGCGCGAACGUCGCUUAAGAAGGCGGCGGCAAAAGCGGCGAAAGAUGCAAAGAAGUCGAACACCAAUAUAGUCGACGUGUUCGCUUCGGCCUUGAAGUCGGUGUCCAACAUUGACACCCCUCAACGGCGAGCCGAGCGCGACGCUGCAAAGUCUCGCCUUCUCGCACUUUUGGUCAACGCCGAUGGCGGACGCGAUUGCGAUGAUGAUACCAUGUCUCGCCUUAUGAGUCAGGUGAAGAUCCUUGAAGCCUCUAAUCCGACGAAGAAGAGCGCCCGGAGCCCGCUGAUGCUCGGACUUUGGAGUUGCGCGUUCACCAACUGUCCACAGAUUCUUGGUACACAGCAAGGGCUGAGCAUGUCUGCGCUGAGGCAAAAGAAUGCGGUGGCCUUCUUCCGCUACAACCUCGAUGCCGCGACUUUCGAAAUCGACCGUGGCUGGCCGAUGCGACGUCUUAGUGGCAAGAUGUCGUACAGAGAUGAUUCGAGUGUUGAGCUCGACAUUCCCAAGGACACCGGCUUGUUUGGGGCGCUCGGGAUGUCGCUGUCGUCUGAGAAACGUAAUUAUACGCGUCUGACUGUGAGCUAUAUCGAUACCGAUUUGAAGAUUUGCCGAGGGCGAAACGACACGAUAUAUAUCUUCGUGAACAACGAUCCCACUUACCGGUCGGAGAACUAA